UCUCAAAAACACUAAAUUACUUGCACUAUGGAUGAUUUCAUUUCUUCACUUCUUCGUGGCAUCAAGUUGGCUAAAGACCUUGAACCAACCCUACAAAACUUAGCCACCCGACCAGACAUGCUCUCCAAGUUAGAUGAGAUCAUUAGGGUUUUCAUGGCUGCUAAAGAAACGUUAAAUGCUGUAGAACCCAGUCUAUACAAUCAAGUGUUGCUUCAGCAGCAGGAACCUAAUCAAAUAUAUAAGACAAUGAUGGAGUUGCUUCUAACGCAAGGGACGUUUCCGGCAGGAAGAACUAGAAGCGAGCAUAUUGUGUCAUCGUCAGGUGGAGGUUUGGCCAUGGAAUUAGGUGGAAGCACAGAUGUUCAGACAAUGGCUCCAUCCUCAUUACAUAGAACGCGAAGAAGGAAGGAUGAUGCAGAUAGAAGGACUAUAAGAGUAGCUGCGCCAAGGAUGGGAAAUACAGAAAUUCCACCUGAAGAUGGUUACACUUGGAGAAAAUAUGGCCAGAAAGAAAUUUUAGCAUCCAAGUACCCUCGGGGCUAUUAUAGGUGCACCCACCAGAAAUUGUAUCAAUGUCCAGCCAAGAAACAGGUUCAAAGAUUAGAUGAUGAUCCCUCCACCUUCGAAGUAAUGUAUCGGGGCGAUCACACUUGCCACAUGUCAGCGACAGCACCGUCAAUUCUGAUGCCAGCAAUGACACAGGAGAUGACACAAACAAUGGCGGCUGGUCAUCAUUCACUACCAUGGCUGGAAUUUAGUUUAGGUGGUGGUGCUAGCAGUGGCAGCGGUGCAGGUCCGUCGACGGUCCGGUAUGGUAAAGAAGCUGAGUACCCUGUUGCAGAUAUGGCUGACGUAAUGUUUAAUUCUGGCAGCAGUAGUAGUAACAGCAUGGAAUUGAUCUUCACUUCCUUGGAAGAACAUAACAAAUGGGACCAAGGGGACAAGAAAAAUUAAAUCGGUGGAUUCAUUGCUAUGUAUAACAGUAGAUUUAAUUAGAUAUUUCAUAUUAUGUGGAUGGCAGCAAUUGGCAUUAAGUUGUAUUGUUUUAAUUAAUUUGCGGGAAAUAGUUUAUUUAAUUUGUUAGUAAAUUUCACUA